AUGCCAUUUUCAUUUUCUUUUUAUGAAAAAUUGGCAUUGGUUAAAGAAGUACACGCGGUUUUAAAACAAACGGCGCUUUUACCCUGCGAUAUAACGUCAUCGGUAAAAGGCGAUUCGGUUAUAUUAGUCGUUUGGUACAAAGAUGAAAUGACUCCAAUAUACAGUUUAAAACACACUCAAAAACUUUUUCUAAAAAAAACAUUUUUAAAUUGA